AAUCACCGGGAAAAGAGAGAGUGCCAGUUCAACGAAGUCCCACCCAAAUAGACUACACCUCUUACCUCCCCUGGACGUAAAGUGGGGGUAGAUACAUCACAUAAAGGGGUUCGCCCAAGACUAUGGAUACAUUUAUUCUCUAAUUUCAUUGAAUAUAACACAUUUUGGAAACAAUGCGACCUGAAACUGGAAUAGUUAUUGCUGCCUUGUUCUGCAUGGGCUGCUGCGUGACACUGACAGCGCACAAGAAAGUGUGUCAGGGGAUCAGCAACAGGCUGACGCUGCUGGCGACUGUAGACGACCACUACAACAACCUUGUGAAGAUGUACAGCAACUGUACCGUGGUCCUGGAGAACCUAGAGCUCACCUACAUCCAGGACUACCACGACCUCUCCUUCCUCAAGUCCAUUCAGGAGGUUGGAGGAUACGUUCUGAUCGCCCUCAAUAAGGCAGCCAGCAUCCCUCUCGAAAACCUGCGUCUUAUCCGAGGACACUCCCUCUUCCUUGACAAGUAUGCCCUGACUGUAACAUCCAAUUACGAGAAGAAUCACUCCUCUGUGACCCUCAACUACACCCGGGGCCUGAGGGAGCUGAAGCUGAGUGGACUGACAGAGAUUCUCAAGGGAGGUGUGAAAAUUGCCCACAAUCCUUUGCUGUGUAAUGUGGAAACCAUCCAGUGGUGGGACAUGGUAAAUAAGGCCAUAAACCAUAGUAUGCACUUCAAACUGGAGAGCUAUGGCCGUUACUGUGACAAGUGUGAUCCGGGAUGCUACAAUGGAUCAUGCUGGACCUCAGGACUGGAGAACUGUCAAACCUUUACCAAGCUGACGUGUGCAGAGCAGUGCUCUGGAAGGUGUAGGGGUCCUAAACCCAGUGACUGCUGUAACGAACACUGUGCUGCAGGCUGCACCGGCCCUAGGCCUACAGAGUGUCUGGCUUGUAGAGACUUCCAGGAUGAUGGCACAUGUAAGGAUGCCUGCCCCCCUACCAUGCUCUACAAUCCCAACACCCACCAGUUGGCUUCCAACCCUAACGCCAAGUACACGUUCGGGGCCACUUGUGUGAAGGACUGCCCACAUAAUUAUGUGGUGACGGACCACGGGGCGUGUGUCAGAACAUGCAGCGGCAACACACACGAGGUGGAGGAGAAUGGUGUCAGGAGGUGCAAGAAGUGUGACGGAAUCUGUCCGAAAGUUUGCGAUGGACUUGGAAUGGGGCUGCUUACUAAAGUGUUGUCAAUCAACGCGUCUAACAUUGAUUCUUUCAAAAACUGCACCAAAAUCAAUGGAGCUGUUUCAAUUAUGCAGACAUCUUUGGAUGGUGAUAGGUACACAUCAACACCAAAAAUGGACCCCGCCAAACUGGAAUAUUUCAAGACUGUGAAGGAAAUUUCAGGGUUUUUGCUGAUACAAGCUUGGCCCGAGCACCUCAACUCUCUCAGUCCAUUUGAAAACCUAGAGAUUAUCAGAGGAAGGACCAAACAGUUUGGUCAGGUGAGUUUCGCUGCCCUCAACUUGGCCCAUCUGAAGUAUCUAGGCCUCCGCUCCCUGCGAGAGAUUAGCGAUGGCAAUGUUGUGGUGAAGAACAACCCCCAGCUCUGCUACACCAACGGAGACCACUGGAAGAGCCUGUUUAGAUUGGGCAAACAGUCCUCAACAGUGGGCAACAACGUCAACAUCAGCACCUGUGCCAAGCUAAACAGUACAUGUGAUGAGAUGUGCACUGACGAGGGUUGCUGGGGGCCCGGCCCCACCAUGUGUUUUACAUGCCUGUAUUACACCCGUAGGGGGCGCUGUGUACGGGCCUGUCACCUACUGGAGGGGGUGCCACGAGAGUAUGUACUGAAUAACAGGUGUCUAGAAUGUGACCCAGAGUGUAUGGUGAAUGGACCACAAAGCUGCUUUGGACCAGGCCCUGACAAAUGUUUGGCGUGCGCUCACGUCAAAGAUGGCCCCCACUGUGUAUAUCAGUGCCCACACGGCGUUCUCGGGGACGGGGAUAGGCACAUCUGGAAAUACACCGACAAGAAGCGAGAAUGUCAGCUGUGCCAUGAGAACUGCACCCAGGGAUGCUCUGGACCUGGACUGAGUGGCUGCAGCACCAGAGGUGGUCACGUUGCGUCGGUGGUGGUGGCCAGAGUGGUGGGAGGCCUCCUAGUGUUUGUGGUCCUCGCCCUGGGUGUUUUUGUGCUGCUCCGCAGACGCCACCUCGUCAGGAAGAGGACACUGCGCCGUCUGCUGCAGGAGAGAGAGUUGGUUGAACCCCUGACCCCAAGUGGAGAGGCACCCAACCAGGCCCUGCUCCGCAUUCUGAAGGAGACUGAGUUUAAGAAGAUCAAAGUGUUGGGAUCAGGGGCCUUUGGAACUGUCUUUAAGGGCAUGUGGAUUCCUGAGGGAGAAAACGUGAAGAUCCCUGUUGCCAUUAAGGUGUUGAGAGAGGCCACUUCACCAAAAGCCAACAAGGAGAUUCUAGACGAGGCCUAUGUCAUGGCUAGCGUGGAGCACCCCCAUGUGUGUCGUCUACUGGGCAUCUGCCUGACAUCCACGGUGCAGCUCAUCACCCAGAUCAUGCCCUACGGCUGUCUGCUGGACUAUGUCAAGGAGAACAAGGACAACAUCGGCUCCCAGUGCCUGCUUAACUGGUGUGUGCAAAUCGCCAAGGGUAUGAACUACCUGGAGGAGCAUCACCUGGUGCACCGUGACCUGGCGGCCAGGAACGUUCUGGUGAAGACUCCUCACCACCUCAAGAUCACCGAUUUUGGACUGGCCAAGCUGCUCACCGCAGACGAGAAGGAGUACCACGCAGAUGGGGGCAAGGUGCCCAUAAAGUGGAUGGCACUGGAGUCCAUCCUUCACUGGACCUAUACACAUCAGAGCGAUGUGUGGAGCUACGGUGUGACAGUGUGGGAGCUGAUGACGUUUGGGUCCAAGCCCUACGAUGGCAUCCCGGCCAUUGAGAUAGCUGGAGUCCUGGAGAAAGGAGAGCGCCUGCCCCAGCCCCCCAUCUGUACCAUAGAUGUCUACAUGAUCAUGGUCAAAUGCUGGAUGAUCGAUGCAGAGAGCAGACCACGGUUCAGGGAGCUCAUCUCAGAGUUCUCCAAAAUGGCCCGGGAUCCAUCUCGGUAUCUGGUCAUUCAGGGGGAUGAUCGCAUGUACCUGCCCAGUCCCACGGAACCUAUGUUCUACCGUAGCCUGAUCAGUACAUCAGAGAACAUGGAGGAUGCUGAGGAGUAUCUUCACCCCUAUAAGGAUCUCUCCACCAGACAGACCACCCAGCACCACAACUCUAGGAAUGGCCAUCCAAUGAGAGAGAACAGUGUGAUCCUUCGCUACAUCACAGAUCCCACCCACGGUGGUUCUCUAGAGAAGGACAUCACAGACCCCACCCACGGUGGUUCUCUAGAGAAAGAUUUCCCAGCUCUUCCAGAAUACCUUAACCAGAACGGGAACACCAGGCUCUCUGACGUCUUUAACCCCAGCUAUGAGGACCCCACUGAGCCAGCCUGGGCUAGUAGGCCCUCCUCUGGGUACGACCCGGACGUCAAGUUCUUCAACUUCCUGCCGUGCGUGCUGGAGAUCCCUGAGUACCACAACAUGGCCCGCAGUACCCUCCCUCGCUCCGUCUGCGAGCGCAUGGACAACCCAGACUACCAGGAGGACUUCCUGCCUCAGGCCACACCCACCAGUAGUCACUUCCUGCCUGCAGUAGAGAACCUGGAGUACCUCGGGUUGAGCGCUGCUGUACACGCCCCUGUACGCUAGGGGUUUCCUCCCACAGAACACAGGGACAGUGAGGGACUAUAGGAUCUAAAGGAACUUGGAUGGAGACAGAUGUGGGACAUCAGGGAAGGGUUUGGAGAGAUUACAGUAGUGUGGUUGUCCCUUUAUUUAUGGAGUGAAUAGGCUUUUUGCGUCGUCCUUGGAUGUAAGUCGGCCGAAACCAAGAUGGCGUCUGUCAUGAAUUGAUGCUCCUGGGAAAUGUGUACUCUAUUUCAAAUCCAUGAAGCAACCAUCCACAGGUGAGUUUGGGUGACUUUCCAAUCAGAAGAAUGAGCCAAAGCCUUGACAAUACAAUUAUGUCACGCAAGUAAUUUAUUUGUACACUGUUGUUUGUUCAGUUUGGGUCGAGUGUGUGAAACAGUUGUUUUUUUAUUUGUCUUGCCAUGAAAUGUGAAUGUGGAGUGAACUGAGUACACACUGAGAUACUGACCAUCAGUGGUGGACCUUAUGCUUACAUUGUAUUGUGGACACAGUUUAUUAGAGCUUUUCACUGUUGUACACACUUGAAUACCAAGACUCAAACGAUUUUGGGUACCGAGAGCUACUGGUAACUAAGAGGGUCAAUUCAAAGUAUUUUCAAAAAACGACACACAAAUGUACAGAUUGUGUUAGGCGUGCAUUGAUCUACACAAAAACGGUAAAUUAAUGGCGACAUAUUCAGGUCUCACUCUUUAUCUUAGAAAGAAAACUGGUCUGUAAGUCUUAACUCUUGCUAGUAUUAAUAAUUGCAAUAAGGAUGGGAAAACUGGAAGAGCAAAAAUAGACACUAUAAAAGAACUCUAUGGGUAGAGAACGAUUAAAUGAGGGUGUGGCGGUGUGCCGUAUUCUGACCUUGAAUUAAUGCCACCACCUCAAACCCCUCCCCCCAUUCAUGGUUUCCUAGCGUGUAAAGAUGGUGGAAUUAAUUAGAGUUCAGAAUACGCCGUGAAAAAAAAACUAUAUAAACACAAAUAUAUAUAUUUAUUUUACUAAGUCUGGCUUUCAACUUACUCUUGAAAGUUGUAAAAGUAGAAUGCACAAGGUGACAUUUCAAAAUUGGGUAGCAUCACUUUUCCUCUCGAGCUAUUUAUAACUAAAGUCAAAUGUCCAGAUCAACUAGACCGUGUCAGCUAAAGCUAGGUUUUUUUGUCUAAGAAAAAGCAUGAUCUGGAGUAUAUUCUGAAAAAAAUAUUUAGUGCAGAGGUGCAGACUAAGGGCGAAUAAACUGUAAGCUAUACAAAUUGAGUUUAUAUAUGAACUCCCAGUAACUUAUUGGGUAAAACAACAGGGUCACCCUGAAGAAGGCAGAGUGAUGCCGAAACGUUGGUGGUUUACCCAAUAAAUUACUGGGAGUUUAUAUAUAUAUAUAUAUAUAUAUAAUUCUUUAUUUUUAUAGCUAGGUUAUAGCUCAUAGAUUUUGUUGUAAUGUUUGAGUCACUCAAAUCACAUGAAUAUACAUUAGGCAUGACAACAUGUGUAGAAUUGCAGGAAAUAAACUUUAAACCUUACAUUUUAUUUCGGCCAACAAGAGGGGAGUGAGCAGCUUCUCGUGAACAGUGCUUGUGCCCAUAGAAAUAUACAUGUUGUGCACGCAGGGGGGGAUGCAGAUGUUCCCCAAUGCUGGAAGGGGGGCCUGAGUGAAAAAGUUUGGGAACCCCUGGUCAAGCGAACCUACUGGUCCUUUCAGAUAGAAAUAACAGUAUUAGCCAUGCAUUAUUGUUUACAACUUGAUAAGAGCUAUGUAAAUGAGUGAUCCGUUUGGAUAAGGGAAUUGUAAAUGACACUUGUUUUAGAUAAACACUACAUGACAAAAAGUAUGUGGACACCUGCUCGUCGAACAUCUAAUUUCAAAAUCAUGGGUAUUAAUAUAUUGCUGCGGGGACUUGCUUCCAUUCAGCCACGAGCAUUAGUGAGAUCGGGCACUGAUGUUGGGCGAGUAGGCCCGGCUCGCAGUCAGCCCAAAGGUGAUAGAUGGGGUUUAGGUCAGGCCAGUCAAGUUCUUCCACACUAAUCUCAACAAACCAUUUCUGUAUGGACCUCGCUUUGUGCACAGGGGCAUUGUCAUGCUGAAACAGGAAAGGGCCUUGCCCAAACUGUUGCCACAAAGUUGGAAGCACAGAAUCAUCUAGAAUGUAUGCUGUAGCGUUAAGAUUUCCCUUCACUGGAACUAAGGGGCCUAGCCCAUCACUCCUGAGAACACGUUUCCACUGCUCCAGAGUCCAAUGGCGGUGAGCUUUACACCACUCCAGGGGAUGGUUGGCAUUGUGCAUGGUGAUCUUAGGCUUGUGUGCAGGUACUCGGCCAUGGAAACCAAUUUUAUAAAGCUCCCGACAAACAGUUAUGGUGCUGACUUCAGUAAGGCCAUUCCACUGCCAAAGUUUGUCUAUGGAGAUUGCAGGGCUAUGUGCUCAAUUUUAUACACCUGUCAGCAACGGGUGUGGCUGAAAUAGCCGAAUCCACUAAUUUGAAGUGGUGUCCACAUACUUUUGUAUAUAUAGUGUAGAUAAACAUUUAGAGAUUUGAGGAUAGGAGCGUGAACAGUGUCACGUGGACUGUUAGCUCUUCUUAACAGCAGAUACGUCAGAUUAUUUGUGAAAUUUCUACUUGUCUAACAAACAAAAAAAAUGUACAAUGGAGAUUGUUUUAACAACCUGGAUUUGUCUCUAUCCUCGAGUUCAACAUCCACAUGUGAAUUAAUUUAUGAGAGUACAGUACCAAUUUAGAUGUAUUUCCCCAGAAAUCAGCAGUCUUAAGCAAUGUUAGGAAAAAGUUAGCUACUUGUACAUAAAUGAACAUUCCCUGGAAAUCCCUUCAUUGUGACUCCAUUCCUUUUGUUAAACCUAGAAUUCAUAGGGUGCGUUAACACAGGCAGCCCAAUUCUGAUAUUUUUAUGCCACUAAUUGGUCUUUUAACCAAUCACAUCAGAUAUUUUCAAAGAUCUUUUUCAGGCCUCCCGGGUGGCGCAGUGGUCUAAGGCACUGCAUCACAGUGCUAGCUGUGCCACUAGAGAUUCUGGGUUUGAUUCCAGGCUGUCGCAGCCGGCCGCAACCGCAAGACCCAUGGGGCGGAGCACAAAUGGCCCAGGGUCGUCCGGGUUAGGGGAGGGUUUGGCCGGCAGGGAUGUCAUCGUCCCAUCGCGCACUAGCAACUCCUGUGGCAGGCCGGGCGCAGUCCACGCUGAUGCGGUUGCUAGGUGUACGGUGUUUCCUCCGCCACAUUGGUGCGGCUGGCUUCCGGGUUAAGUGGACAUUGUGUCAAGAAGCAGUGCGGCUUGGUUGGGUUGUGUUUCGGAGGACACACGGCUCUCGACCUUCCCCUCUCCCGAGUCCGUAUGGGAGUUGCAGCAAUGAGACAAGACUGUAACUACCAUUUGGAUACCAUGAAAUUGGGGAAAAAAAUGCAGUUUAAAAAAAGGGAAAAUACAACUAAAAUAUAUUUUUCAGAGCUGAUUUGAUUGGUUAAAAUAUAUUUAUCAGAAUUGGGUUGCCUGUGUAAACGCAGCCUUAGUUGCUACACCAAUUUUGUUUUACUGAAAUUAAUGACAUUAAUUCUUGAAGAAUAUAACUUAUGCCUCAUAUAACUCAUGCCUCAUGAGUUUAGUUCAACUGUCGUACCACAUCAGAACCCCAAAUAAGCUUUUUACUCCAAUGUUUAUAAGCGGUAUAUAUGUAAACAAACACUGUAUAGCCUCAAAACAUGGUUGAAACUAUACUUUUAAAUAUCAUGGAUGGUCAGUCCUUGUAUCCAUUGCUCUGUCUAUGAAUUUGAGAGUGGUUACAUUUCUCCAGGCCCAUCUCUCAGCUUUUUUCUAGCCGAUAACAGAGGCGGCUCAAGCACUGUUUUUAUGAUUGUCUAUGUUAUUACAGAGGGGUUAGAAGUCAGUAAUGCAAGUAGAAAAUAGUCGGUAAAUUCAACUCACUUUAAGCAGUUGGUAAUUGUGAGACAACUGCACGCUCUCUGAGCCAACAGUGUUUGACAUGUUACCGUGACGUUCUUCCUGUGUUUGUAUACUGUAUCUACUAGUAUUUGAUGUUUAGGAAAUCAAUUUUAAUUGUGCACUUCACACAUACAAAAGUACAACAUUCCACUGUAAUGCUAUGUCCUAGACGCUACAAUGCUUAAAAUAAAGGAAUGACAUUUUAAUUUCCUAAAAAGUCAAA